UACAAUGGCACAAGAAGCUCAUUUUCCACAUUCAACAAACAAUACUUUUUCGCUAUGACGCUGAAUCUUGGAACUCUCCAUCCAAGACUCUUAAUUUCUCCCAAGAUUUCGAGGCAUAAAAUUGGGCUGAAGCUCCAUCACACUCCCUCUCCAUCUUGUCUCAACUCGGCGGCUGCGCUGUCUGAAGGAACUGAAUGCAAACUUGCCGACGAAGAAGACUCACCUACUUUUUCUGGGUCAUCAUCGACUUCGGCUCGGGUUCAGAUGGAUCUGUUAGAUCAACUCACAUCUGGUGGAGGAGCCUCUGCCCAAGGCUAUGAGAGUGAUGGUGGACCGACCAUACGCGAACAGCUUGCUAAUUUGGUUGGAGACCGCGAUGACGAUUUCACAAUCCCAUUAGGCAAGAAUCUGAAGAAGGUGACUGCCAAGUUCCUAACCACAUCACAGAAGAGAAACAUUCGGAGGCAGAGUUAUUUGAACGAAGUAUCCCGGAGGAACGACUCAGUCUUCUUUGCCACUAUUGGUGCCUUCGUUAUCCUCCCGCCUAUUGUCAUUUUAGGAAUAGCAAUUGCAACAGGUUAUGUGCAACUUUUCCCAUAAACAUAUUAUAGUGAAAUUGCAUUUACCUUGUAAAUUUCUCUACUUUAUCUGAUAAAUCUUGGUUGUUGAUC